CUGAGCUUCAGCAAAGUUCAACUUGCCGCAUGGAGCCAAUGUGGUUCUUAAAGACUCUGCAGGAGUUGAUGUUGAUGCUGAUAUUUUUGAUGAGCUUGUGAGAACAUCUAAGGUGUCCUUCAAAAUUUUGGAUGGUGAUAAAUCAGAUACUGUUCCCGCAAGCUGAGACCGAUUUCUCCGAGCCCUCAUGCCCUGAGUUGUCAUUUUCAUCAGUGGAAUCAGAAAGUUCAGAUUCCACAGUGAUUCCACAAUCUUCAAAGGCAUGCAAAAAGCGAUUCUUAGAAGAACCUUCUGACUGCAAUGUGUCAAAAGAUCUAGUUCAUGCAGUGCUGCACUCAAAACCAGGAGGUUCUGAUAUAUUGAAGGAGUACGAACAAACUAAGAGCCUGUCUGACAAGACUCGAAGGAAGCUGGUAAACAUCCUUGUGGCUGAUAUGGUAGAGAAGUAUGGGAGAGUUCCACCAGUCAGUGUCCGUGUAAGCUAUGCUCUUGGAAUCAUUACUCUAUUCCCCAAUUUAAAGGAUAAGUGCUCACCGACUGGUUAUGAACAGUACUACGAUCCACGCAGUGGCCAGGGUUACAUUGCCUACAGAUUGAAAACUGUUCAGCACAACUCUGUAAAUAACUUGAAGGGGGCAUCAAAGGUGGUUUACCAAGAUGGUCCUAAGACUUUGCGUGAGACAUCUUCAACAACUGAGCAACUGUCAGGUGACGAAUGCACAGAAGCUAUAUCCAUGAUGAAGCAUUCAGCGGACGCACCAAUUAUUAAGGAUAAAAUGAAGACAACAUUCAAGUACAGGCAGAAUUUGCUACAUGAUCCAGACAAAUCUUCACUCAUCCUUGAUUACUUUCCCCGAUUUUUGGAUACACCAGGCUUGAUUGACCAAGACUUUACUAUGCUUUUUGGAGAUGACAUCUCAAGCAAGUUUAUUGCAAAAUGGCCAACAUUCUACAAGCCAAGAAUAAUUGCUGACUGCAAAAACCUGCACCCUGGUGCACAUGUGGAUGACCUUCUGUCUGCUCUGGAGGAGACUGAUUAUGCGCCAUCUAGAGACAUACUACAGACUACAGCGCUUGAAAGACAUGCUGUUAUAUCAGCAUGCCACGUUACUGAGGGGAAAAGUUCAAAGACAAGAGAUGAAGCUCCAUGAUUCCAGAGAAGGACAUAGAGAUCAGAAGCUUGUCAGCCUUCAGAGGGCCACCAGACCAACCCUCACACACGAUGAUGCAUACCUGAGGUGUCUGCCUAAAACAUGCUACUAUCUGGUUCUGGAACUGCAGAAACAGCUAAAACGACUCGGGUGUCUUCAGAGCAGCAGGGAACAGGAGGUCUUCAGGGUUUGGACAGAACAACACAGAAGCACAUGUCAACUUGAGAAGCAACUACAAGCAGUGGAUGCCAGUCUCAGUAAGAGUGGGUGGAGGAGGGGUGAACGCUUUCCAACAGCAGGGCAAACAGAGUUGGGGACAAGACGAAACUGAGCUCAUGUUUCCUGAGGGAAGUGCCAAAUCACAGCGUCUCUGAUCCCAGUAAGCAGCAGUGAGACAAACACACCUG